AUCAUAAGACAACAGUUUCCAGCGUUAACUACCAGAAGACUGGGGACCAGAGGGCAGUCUAAGUACCAUUACUACGGCAUAGCGGUUAAAGAGACCUCUCAGUACUAUGACGUGAUGUACUCCAAAAAGGGAGCGGCGUGGGUGAACGAGACGGGGAAGAAAGAGGUCACCAAGCAGACAGUGGCGUAUUCACCACGCUCCAAACUGGGGACGCUCCUGCCAGAGUUUCCAAAUGUCAAAGACCUAAAUUUGCCUGCCAGCCUGCCAGAAGAGAGGGUGUCGACUUUCAUCAUGAUGUACAGAACGCACUGUCAGAGGAUACUGGACACUGUUAUAAGAGCCAACUUUGAUGAGGUGCAGAGCUUCUUGCUGCACUUCUGGCAGGGCAUGCCCCCCCACAUGCUCCCCGUCCUCGGCUCGGCCACAGUAGUGAACAUAGUGGGUGUUUGUGACUCCAUCCUCUACAAGGCCAUCUCUGGGGUGCUGAUGCCCACCGUCCUGCAAGCACUGCCUGAUAGUUUGACUCAGGUUAUCCGAAAAUUUGCCAAACAGCUCGAUGAGUGGCUAAAAAUAGCACUUCACGACCUCCCUGAAAACCUGAGGAACAUCAAAUUUGAACUGUCCAGGAGAUUUUCUCAGAUUCUCAAGCGGCAAACUUCAUUAAACCACCUCUGUCAGGCAUCACGGACGGUGAUAAACAGUGCUGACAUCACCUUUCAAAUGCUGGAGGACUGGAGGAAUGUGGACUUGAACAGCAUCACCAAGCAGACACUUUACACCAUGGAGGACUCACAAGAGGAGCACAGGCAGCUUAUCAUCCACUUAUAUCAAGAGUUUGACCGUCUGCUGGAGGAGCAGUCUCCCAUCGAGGCGUACAUCGAGUGGUUGGACUCGAUGGUGGACCGCUGUGUCGUCAAGGUGGCAGGGAAGAGGCCCGGGUGUCUGAAGAAGGUGGCCCAACAGUUCCUGCUGAUGUGGUCGUGUUUUGGUACCAGAGUCAUCCGGGAUAUGACCCUCCACAGCGCGCCCAGCUUCGGGUCCUUCCACCUGAUCCACCUCAUGUUUGAUGAUUACGUGCUCUACCUGCUGGAGUCCCUGCACUGCCAGGAGAGGGCCAAUGAGCUCAUGAGGGCCAUGAAGGGGGAAGGCAGCACAGCAGAGAGAGAGGAGGAAUUCCCGUCGACAGAGAACACCCCGGCCUCCCCGUCUCCGGCGUCCUUCUCUCCCGCCCGCUCAGUCCACUCUGUUGGCGUUUCCUCGGCCAGUUCCCCCACAGCAGCCGUGUCCCCCGAGUACAACGGAGUCACCCCGACCACCACAGGCGCUGUUCAGUCAUAUACCUGGUCCCUUACAUACACAGUGACAACAGCAGGCGGCUCCGCUCCAGAGGCCGGCCAGCAGCUGUCCUGUAUGAGGAACAGCGCUCCAGUGCCCCCUCCCUCCUCCGCCCACAGGAUGCCCGUCUACACGCACAGAGAGGAGCAUGGGUACACAGGUAGCUACAACUACGGCAGCUACACCAACCAGCAUCCUCACUCCAUCCAGAGCCAGUAUCCAAGUCUGACCCACGAGUCAACGAUCCCACCGCCCCUCCACUACUCGGCCUACCACCGCUCAUCCGCACAG